UAAGACCACCGCAUAAAGAGACAUUUCCUCUUCAUUCACUUCCCUCAACGCACAAAUUUGCAGACUUUCCGAGAAAGAAAACUAAAAAUAAAUAAAAAAAAAAGAGAAUUUUCACCGUCAAUUCUCUAUAGAAAAGAAUUAACCGAUCAUUUUUUCUUCAAUGCUCUGAUCAGACAUCAAAACCAACACAAGAGAAACCACUUGGGCUGUCUGUAAAUUCCAGAGGUUCGAUUCUUGUUGUUGAUGAUGGUGAUGAUGGUUUGAUGGAGAUAUGGGUUUUCAGAAAGUUCGAUCCUUUUAUGGUUUGAUCAUAACUUUGCUUGAUCAAAAAGCUAUAGAAACUUGUUGAACAAUACUAGACUACAAAACUUUGCAGAAUGGAUGCUACAACUAGUGGAACUCCAUCUUUACAGUAUCAUAACUUACCAGAGCAACCGGUUGCUUCUCCUCCUCCUCUUGUGACUCAGUUUCAGAGACAAAAACGCCAAUGCUUUGGAGAUUCAACUCCAGGAGAGUUCCCUUUAGCAGCUAACCCUUCCAUUGUCCUUCAUGUUCUCACUGAAUGUAGAUUGGAUCCUCGUGACCUCGCUAAUCUCGAGGCAACAUGCUCCUUCUUUAGCCAGCCAGCAAACUUUGCCCCGGACAGUAGUUUAUCACUACCUGAGCUCGCUGCUCUCGACAUGUGUAACAAAAGGGUGAUUUUUAAACCUAUGAAUGAACAAGAACGUGAAGAAAUGAAAAGCAGAUGCGGAGGGUCAUGGAAACUAGUCCUUAGGUUUUUGCUGGCUGGUGAAGCGUGUUGUCGAAGAGAGAAAUCUCAAGCAGUUGCUGGUCCUGGUCACAGCAUUGCCGUCACAUCGAAGGGACAAGUCUAUACCUUUGGUCACAAUAACUCUGGACAGCUAGGACAUGGCCAUACCGAUGAAGAAGCUCGGAUACUGCCCAUCAGGUCACUGCAGGGAAUCAGAAUCAUCCAAGCAGCAGCUGGUGCUGGUAGGACGAUGCUGAUAAGCGACAAUGGGAGUGUUUACGCUUGUGGGAAAUAUCUGUUCGGUGAAGCUGAGUACGGAGGAGGGCAAGGAGGGUCUAGACAGGUUACGACUCCUCAGCUUGUGACAUCUCUAAAGAGCAUAUUUGUUGUGCAAGCGGCGAUAGGGAACUUCUUUACCGCUGUUCUGUCACGAGAAGGGAAGGUUUAUACAUUCUCUUGGGGUGAAGAUGGUAGACUCGGUCACCAAACCGAGGCUAAUGAUGUCGAGCCACGUCCUUUGCUAGGUCCGUUAGAGAAUGUACCCGUUGUCCAGAUUGCUGCUGGUUAUUGCUACCUUCUUGCUUUAGUUUGUCAACCAAAUGGCAUGUCGGUUUAUUCGGUUGGUUGCGGUUUGGGAGGCAAACUCGGUCACGGGUCGAAAAUCGAUGAGAAGUACCCACGUGUUAUCGAGCAGUUUAAGGUACUGAACUUUCAACCUAGGGUAGUUGCAGCGGGUGCUUGGCAUGCAGCGGUGGUAGGUCAAGAUGGAAGAGUGUGUACUUGGGGUUGGGGGAGAUACGGUUGCUUAGGACACGGUAACGAGGAGGGUGAGUCAGUUCCUAAGGUCGUUGAAGGGCUAAGCCAUGUCAAGGCGGUUCAUGUCGCAACAGGAGACUACACUACUUUUGUGGUCUCGGAUGAUGGAGAUGUUUACUCUUUUGGUUGUGGUGAAUCUGCUAGUCUCGGUCACCAUACAGCCGUUGAUGAACAGCGUGAUCGGCAAGCUAAUGUGUUGAGUCCAGCGGUAGUAACAUCGCUGAAACAAGUGAAAGAGCGGGUGGUUCAGAUUAGUCUAACGAACUCGAUAUACUGGAACGCUCAUACGUUUGCGCUCACGGAAUCGGGGAAACUAUUUGCGUUUGGUGCAGGAGAUAAGGGUCAGCUUGGAGCAGAGCUUGGUCGUGACCAAACAGAGAGGUGUGUACCCGAAAGAGUAAAUAUCGAUCUCAGUUAGUAUUUGCACGGAAAAAGCUAGGAAGUUGCGUUUUAACUUUGUUAUGUUUGGAAGUUUGUACAAAGGGGGGUGGGACAUAAGUUAAGGAACUUGUCUUAACAUAAUAAUUGUUUGUGGUUUUAGAUUAUUCUAAUUGUUCAAGGGGUCAUGUUUUAGGUUAUGUUGUUAGUAAUUGUCGAAUAAUUUCAAUUAAUCCAUUUGGUAAGUGAAAUU